UUGUAGUGAUAUAGAAGCAAAACAUAUGGAUGAAGAAGGAAGAGUGCACCCAGAUUGCAGGAAUGCAUCAAACCCAUACCAUGAAUGUAGUGAAUAUUGCUUCAAAAUAAUUGCCGAAGCCAAAAAGCAGAUGAAUAAAAACAAACCAGGAGUAAUGCAGGCAAGCAUUAGUGAAGUUGAGCCGAAUUCUUCUGCUACUUCUGAUCAGGGUGAAGUUCCGCAUGAUGAAAUACAUGAUCUUGAAGAUCACCCAAGUCCAAAUGGGGAUGAUAACAAUGAUGGUGAGGACAAGGUGGAAGGAGACUCCACAUCACUGACAGGGAGACAAAAAAAAUUAUUUGAGUUGAGGCUAAAGAUGAAUGAGGCAAGAAAAGCCAAUCAAACUGCCAUGGUGGCAGAGAAGAAAAGAAUGGAAGCUCCAUCAGAGUCGAGGGGCAUUUCUAAAGAAAAGUGGCUGGAGGAGAGGAAGAAAAAAAUUGGCAAACUUUUAGAUUCCAAUGGUUUAGAUAUGACUAAAGCUUACAUGCUAGAUACACAAGAUGUGGCAGAGACAAAGUAUAAGAAAUGGGAAAAGGAGCCUGCUCCAGUUGGUUGGGAUGUUUUUAAUCAGAAGACAUUGUACAAUGCAUACAAAAAGCGGACAAAGAACAUUGAGGUUGACCUUGAAGACUACAACAAAUUGAAGGAAGCUGAUUCAGAAUUUUACCGAGAAGCUUCGAGUCUCCAGUAUGGAAAAGCACCAAAGAUUUCAGAGGAGAAGAUUGACAAGAUGGUGAAGGAGCUCAAGGACAGGGACGAGAAGCGAAAGUCAUUUAGUAGGAGGAGAAGGUUCCAUGAGGAGAAGGAUAUUGACUCGAUCAAUGACCGCAAUGAACAUUUCAAUAAGAAGAUUGAGCGGGCAUUUGGCAGGUACACAUUGGAGAUCAAGAACAACCUUGAGCGAGGAACUGCUUUGCCUGAUUAAGGAGGCCAGAUCCUGCUAUAGUGUGGAGUUCAAGAGAUCUCUAUAUUGAUUGUACUUUGGCACAUUAUCCUUUGUGAAGGAAGGUACAGUAAGGCUAAAGAAGACCUUGGUUAAUCAAGCACAUUCAUGGACAAGCACUGAUCUGGGGUAAUAAUACUGUAGAGGGUAAGGUUUUUUCUGGUAUGAUGUGUAUUGUUGACCUCUCGUUUGCUGUCGAGCAUUAUGUACUUGUGUGGUCCAUUCUUGUGCUGGCCCAAUGAAAGUUGUGAUUCAUCUUAAGCUCAGGUUCUACAAGCUUGUGUGUAAAAUUCCACACACCACUGAUCAUGAUAAAUUAUUGAGCUCAUCGAGACAUUUAGAUGUUGGAAAUUAGUGUGACCCGUAGUUAUCAGCAGUUUUCUGAGUUAUAUGCCCCCCACCCUACUUUUAUGUGGAUUGAAAGAUUUUUCUCUCGGGUUUUUAUCAUGAGUACGUGACCUCCCCUCAU